UCAUAAACGGACAUGUACACCUCAUUUACUGAUGCUCUUUAUGUACAAACCAAACUCCUCACCUCCUUACACGUGAUAUAUUUACCAGUGUAAUGUAAUGGGGGAGGGCAGUGUGAAUGUGAGAGCAGCAGUUACAACCAUGGCUUCCAGACUUUUCCUUCUCAUGAGUCUGAUCAUCUCCUUUCUCUUCUCUCCCUCCAACCUUCUGGGAUUCACUGUCACGGAGGCGCGUGUAGUUCCGGCCAUGUAUGUUUUCGGGGACUCGUUGGUAGAUGUGGGCAACAACAAUUACCUCCAGUUUUCUCUUGCCAAAGCAAACUUUCCUCACAAUGGCCUCGACUUUCCGACCAAACAGCCAACCGGCAGAUUUUGUAACGGCAAGAAUGCUGCAGAUCUUCUCGCUGAGAAAAUGGGCUUACCUACCAUACCACCAUAUCUUUCUAUGGCAUCUAAAUUGAACAAGAGCUAUAACCUCUUCCUAAAUGGUGUGAACUUUGCUUCUGGAGCUGCUAAAAUCUUCAAAGAGGAUCAACAAUAUCCCCAGUCAAUAUCUUUGGGAGAACAAGUAGAUUAUUAUUUGUCAGUGAAGGAAGGCCUUGGGCAACAGAUAGGAACCUUCAAAGCACAAAAGCAUCUAUCAAAAUCUCUCUUCACCAUUAUCAUUGGAAGCAAUGACAUCUACACCUACUUUGACUCCUCCACCAGUAAUAGGAGCACACCUCAGCAAUAUGUUAACUCCAUGGUUCUCACACUUAAACAACAAGUGAAGCGUUUAUACGAUUAUGGCGCUCGUAAAUUUGUCAUCGUUGGAAUUGCGCUUAUCGGGUGCACCCCGUCAGAAAGAAAUGAGCGAUCCGAUCAAGAAUGCAAAGCUGACGUUAAUCAGUUGUCAGCUAAGUACAAUAAAGUUCUUAUAUCAAUGUUGAAGAAAUUGAAAUCGGAGCUCAAGGGCAUAAACUACUCCUACUUUGAUGGUUACAGCGUCAUGCACAACUUCAUUCAGAAUCCAACAGCUUACGGAUUUGCUGAGGUUAAAGCUGCUUGCUGUGGUCUUGGGAAGCUUAAUGCGGAUGCUCCAUGCCUACCUUUCGCAACGUACUGCAGCAACAGAAGCAACCAUCUCUUCUGGGACAGAACUCAUCCAACAGAGGCAGCACAUCGCAUCUUUGUGGAUUAUAUUCUUUCUGGUCCUUUACAAUACACCUUCCCAAUCAACGUGAAAAAGCUAGUUUCCAUUUAAUUUAUUAAUAUGGUUGACAUGUAUGCAUCGCACUUAAGUAAUUCCUUAUCACCAGUCGUAACUUCUAAUACAAGUAUGUGAUUAUCUCUCUA